UUAAAGUUCUUUGGGAUUAACUAGCUUGCCGGUAGUGUCGUCUAGGCUCUUUCACCACAUAUAUGCAACAGACAGGUAUAAGAUAUAUUGAUUACCAUAAAUACCUGGUACUUUCUGAGAGGUGAUGACAAGUCAACGCGAUCAUUUGGGAUCAGUGUACAAUGGGGAGGAGUGUUACUCGUCUGCGAUGGAUAACAGUAGAAAAGUUCUGAGGACAUUCACAGAGAACUUGCUUCAGUGUGUUGAUAAUCUGUUAAAACAAGAGGAUAAGAAUUCCAGGACGAUAUGUAUAGCUGAGUUUGGAGCUGCUGACGGAGGCGUGUCAUUGGAGCUCAUGGACACGGUAAUAGAUAAUAUCCACCAGAUGUCCAGUGAUCAACGGGAAGUUAUCCUUGUUUAUGAAGAUCAGUUGUUAAACGACUACAAUGUUCUAUUCCAGACGGUCCAUGCCAAGGAUUCGAACAUAUCUACUAAAUUAUCCACAAGAGAUCAAGUGCACGUUCUGGCAAGUGCGACCACCAUGUACCGGAAAUGCCUUCCAACAGGUUUUGUCGAUCUGGCUUUCUCGUCAAUGGCAAAUCACUGGCUCAGUCAAAGACCCUGCCCUAUCCGGGGCGGGUUAUUCCAGAGUGACUGUGACAUGGAGGAACUUGAAGCAUUUCGACACCAGUGGCAGACUGAUUGGAUACAGUUCCUAUCCUGUCGGUCUCUGGAACUCCGACCGGGAGGGUACAUGAUGGUGAUUUCAUUCGUAUUUAAUGACAAUGGGCAGAAAAAGGCCGUUGAGGAGGACUUGCAUGAUGUCUACACUAAAACCUGGAAAGAGUUUUGGCAAAAUGGAAAAAUCACUGAGGAAGAGUUUGUGAGCAGCUCGAGUUUUACCUACAAACCAACCAUGGCCGAGCUCUUGCAACCAUUCAACACUGACAUGAAAGGUUCUCUGUCUUUAGUUGAGUUUACCCAGAAAGAUGUGGAAGUAAUACCAGGAGUAGAAAGAGGCGCAGGGUCCGACGACCUAGAAGUAUUUGUGGACAAAACCCUGAGGUAUGCGAAGCCUUGGCUAUAUAAUAUCCUCAAGGCAGGACUGUCCCCAGGGCGAAAGGAGGCUGAAAAAUGCAGAAUUUUUGAUGACUAUUUCCAGACACUUCGCGGUAUCCUCCUGCAGAGGACCACAUUUUGUCCCUUAGUUUACAAAAUAGCUUGCGUGAUAGCCAAACGUACCUGUUUGUAAGAAGUCGCAUAGCCGAUCAUGUACUGAUCACUAUAAAACCAUUAUGGUUUAGUUCAUCACUAAACAAAAUCAUUGAAUCAUUGCUUAAAAAGAUCAAUAUCAAGAGAAUAACUUGUUUAGUCAGACAGGAGCCUCUACCAUCAUGAUUGUAUUGGUUUAAUAUCUUAGAAUAUCCAUGUUUCUUUUUUAACCGGACAAGAGUUGCAUUUUCCCCCUUAACAAUGACUUUGCGCUAGUUAAAUGUUUUUCAUACUAUUUAAAAAUUGAAAUUAAUAUUACUCAGUGCUAACAAAAUUGUAAAUCUUAAAAUAUAUAAAAUUAUGGCUAAAUAUGACAAAGAAUAUUACCUAUCAACUCUUGAUAAA